GUUUUAACCUUUAAACAGUGUCUAAAUUAGUCCAACUCUUUCAGAUGAGUUUCCAGUUUUACAAGAACUGUAGAACGAAUUAUGUAUUAUUAAAUAUAACAUCGACAAUGCUUUAUCCAACAUCAGUGAACGUUAUGUUUGUCAGUAAAGUGCAUCCGCACGAGUAACCAAGAAUGCGUCUCAUUUCAAUACUUUAAAUCGUAAAUCAAUUGACCGUAAACACGAAUUCAGUCGCUUACAAGCAGGAAUGAGAGAAACGGCGCGUUUAGAAACUCAGAACCAGUUAAAUUACAAAAUGAUUCAGUGAUUCGAAGCGCUCGAAUCACCGCAAGCGACAUCAGCUGUUCAAAACACUAGGCAGAAGAACGCCCGGGGAAGCAACAGAUAUCCACGUUAAUGUUAUAAAGAUGGCUUUUAUUAAAGAGGAGAGUGAAGACGUGGAGAUUGAAGAAGCAUUCAGAGUGAAACAAGAAGAUACUGAGGAACUAACAGGCCUGAUGGCGCUGAAAGAGGAGAAUCAAGAGCUCGAUGAAAAAGAAGAUAAAGAUGAGAAACAUGAUUUCAUGCCUGAAGAAAAAGUUUUUAAUUGCUCGGAGACUGAAAAGACUUUGUCAAGAAAAAAAGCUAAAAAGACAGCGACUAAAGGUAUUUACACCUGCCAACAGUGUGGAAAGAUUUUCAGUCAAAAUAGAAACCUUACAGUCCACAUGAGAGUUCACACUGGAGAGAAGCCUUAUGCAUGUCAGCAGUGUGGAAAGAGUUUCAGUCAAAAAGCAAGUGUUAAAGUCCAUAUGAGAGUUCACACUGGAGAGAACCCUUACACCUGCCAACAGUGUGGAAAAAGUUUCAAUAGAAAAGGAAAUCUGACAGUCCACAUGAGAGUUCACACAAGAGAAACCCCAUUUUGCUGCCAACAGUGUGGAAAAAGCUUCACUCAGAAAGGAAGCCUUAAAGUCCACAUGAGAAUUCACACCGGAGAAAACCCUUUUACCUGCCAAGAGUGUGGAAAAAAAUUUAUUAGAAAAGCAAGUCUUAAAAGCCAUAUGAGAGUUCACACUGGAGAGAAGCCUUUCACAUGCUCUCAAUGUGGAACAAGUUUUAAACAUAAAGGAACCCUUAAUGCCCACAUGAGAAUUCACACUGGAGAGAAGCCGUUUGUGUGUGGUCAGUGUGGAAAGUGUUUCAGAUUUACAGUAACCCUUAGUCACCACAUGAGAAUUCACACAAGAGAGAACCGUUUUAUAUGUCAUCAGUGUGGGAGGAAUUUCACAGACAAGAAGCAUCUCAUGAAUCAUGUAAAGAUUCAUUUGGGAGAGAAGCCUUUCAUGUGCCAUCACUGUGGACAGACUUGCAAAAACAAAACAAACCUCGAGGUUCACAUAAGAGUUCACACUGGAGAGAAGCCUUUCACCUGCCCUCAGUGUGGAAAGCGUUUCGCACUCAAAGGAAACCGUGAGGUUCACAUGAGGCUUCACACUGGAGAGAAGCCUUACAAGUGUCUUAAAUGUAAGAAGAGUUUCAUGUAUCUUAGAGAGCUGAAAUGUCAUUUGCAAACUCAUUCUGAAAAGAAACUACAACAUUCAGUGUGUGACAACAAGGUUACUAAGAGGAGCAAUUUCAGAAAUCAUCUCCGUGUUCACUCUGGGGAAAAGCAAAUUAAUUGUGAUAAAUUUAUUUUGCCAUCACACUUACAUAUAUACCUGAAAAGACAUGCAGAUGUGAGGCCCUAUUCUUGUUCUUUCUGUAGAAAGAAUUUUAAAUGGCUCAGAAGUUUAAAAUGGCAUCAGAAAACAUGUAUGUAUGUGAAAUCAAAGCUACUUUCACACCACAAGUAAAUGUGGGCCAAAUGGAAUUUUUUUUUGCCUUUGGUGAGGUUGAUGUGCAUAAGAUAUGGAUUAGAGGUUUCCUCCCUGAGGAAUCCAAUAUUUAAUUUGAUAAUUGUGUCCAACUGUCUCAUCCUUUAUACCAGAGAUCCACUUUCCUGCAGAGUUUAGCUCUAACCCUAAUCAAACACACCUGAGCAUGCUAAUCAAUGCCAAUCAAUGUCUUUGGGAUCAUUAGAAAAUCACAGGCAGGUGACUUUGAUCAGGAUUGGAGCUAAACUCUGCAGCGCAUUGGACCUCCAGGGCAAGAUUUGAGGAAGGGGGCUUAAUACCAUGAGGCAGCAAAUGAAAAGGGAAUGAUCUAUUCCAGUAUUGCAAAUAAUGACCUGCAUUGUUAAUUUCUUCAAAGAAUGGAUCCGCUUGUAUAUUUGAAAUUGAAUUUUAUGAUAGGAUUGGAAAUUUGAGAAUCGGUAUAGGUUCUGCAGAUUCUACAUCCUGACACAACAUGAAAGAUUUAGGUGAAGUACAUUGUAUUUAGUAUUUAAGGUAAUGAUGAUAACAUCAGCUGAAUGAUUGUGUUAAACAAAGUUUAUAGAAAGAGGUUUCUGAAAGUUCCUGUUCUCUUUAUUGUAAGUCAAAUGAGCUGAAUUACUGACUCUCACCUUUUGUAUUUAAUGACUCUUGGUGCCCCUGCCCCAUUCUUUGAAUAAUUAUGCUGAUUGGAUUUGGACAGGUCAAAUUCUUAUACCUGCAUAGUUCAUUUGCACACUUUAAGGUCAUAUCCCAGUUGCUUUGUCUCUAUCUUUAAGCACUGUCCUUUAAAUGUAUAUAAAACUACAAUGUACAGAUCCCUGGUUAGACUUGAUGACUGCAGCAAUCAACAGCACAUUCUUAAUAAAGAAUCCUGCUGUAGAUACA